AUGAGUGCGGCUGGCGGCUCGGGCGCACCCAGGGCACUGUGGGCACAUGGGGUCUCCAGCACAGCGAAAGAGGCUGAGCUGCUAGCCGCCAUGCACGCGGAGCAGAUGGCGGACCUGCUAGGGUAUCACGUCUUCUCCCUCCCAUCAAAGCAGCACAGGCACGCCGAGGCAGCACGCGCGGCAGGUCGCUACGCGUCCUCACCGGAGGAUAAGGACAGUGGGCCUUCGACGGAGCAGCGCAUGGCACAGUGGCCCCUGCCCUUGAGGCGCGUCCUGACCGACGAGGAGACGGAAGGCGGGGAAUGGCAGCUUGUGAACACGGCGACCUCCCUGCGACACUACAUCUCUAAGGAGCACACGUUGCUGUCGCCGUGCCUGUUGGAUCCCAAGUCGCGACUCAGGAUUGAGGCCCUGUUCGCGCGUGCCCCUCACAGCUGCCCCUCUUUUGCGCAACAGCUCAGGACUGAAAAGGUGCGUACGCUGACGGCGAGCAGCGCGGCGGACGGUGGCGAAGAGGCGAUCGUGGCGCGACUCGUCUUGCCAUCACAGGUGACGGGUAUCACGAACUCUUCGAUCGAUCUCGUCGCCACCGGCAAGGCGAUGGAACGGUCAACGGCGGUGCUGCUGGCGUGCAUGCACGCAGAGCUCCUGCUGGAUGCCGUGGGCGUUGCUAUUUUCGACGACGCGGUGACGCAGAAAGCGCACGCCAUGGCGGCCUGGAGCCACGGACGCCCAGCCCCACUACCAGGCGCAAAGCCAAAGAAUCCGUCGCACGUGCACCUGCCACAGCCGCUGAAGGAGCUUAUUGUGGUGGCAACAGGAGAGGGUCGGUCUCGCACGUCGUCUCGCUCGGCUGAAGAGGACUGGUUUCAUAGGCAUAGCAUUGUCACUGAGCAGAGUGGGAGCUUUGUAGAAACCGUUGUGGGCGAGUCCACCGCGGUGGAGGACGUCACUGUGUUUCUUCACACUCACGGUGCCAUGCGGGCCGGCGCGCCGUUUCUGCAGGUGGCAAUCGGCUCUCGUGUAAAGUCCACAGUACUGCUGCCCUUGCCGGACCUCUACGGCAUUCGCGGUGGCGUGGGGAUCGCCUCGAACGCGCAGGAUGCUGACACCCUUGCUGCCAUGCAUGCGCUGGAUGUGCUGUGCAUGCUCGGUGUUCCGGUAAAGGCUGCGGCCGCGAUGGACGCCGCGUGGAAGCGCGCUCGCCGUGAGCGCAUUCCAGACGUGCCCUGCGAGUCGGCGGACGUCUCUGCGCCGAGCCCCCCGGCGCGCCGCUGCACCGCCAAGAAGUUAGCCACGCAAGUCGCUGUAGCCGCAGCAGUCUUGUCUGAGGAAUUCGAGACCGUGGACGCAGUGCAAGCACGAUCCUGCAACAACGCCAGCACAUCCACGCCGCUGCGGCGCCGUGCGGUGAAGCGCGCACGACUGGCCUCGGACGCGUCUGCACCAGACGAGAGCAUCCCGCAGACCAACGCAAACGACACGGCUGCCGCUGCCUCUUCGCCAAGCGUGGUCGUGGUUGCGAAAUCGAAAGAGGCUGACGAGAAGCGUCUGGCUGCGGUGCGGGCGGUGGUGCCGAGGGAGUUCUGGGACAUGCAGGCAGACAGUCCUGACGGAUACAUUAUGAUUGCCUCUGGCGUGCCGGAGGGAUCUGCGGUGGCUGCGUAUGCAAUUACGUCCCCGCGCAAGAUGGACAAGUCGGCGAAGGGACGCGUGCUCGACUACUUGGCAACCGUGGGCCGUCGCCUCGACGAUGUCACCGUCGUGCGGCAAGCCCUCAGCGAGGAGGAGACGGAGGGCCCACCGCGGCACCGGUGUGCGCUGAAAGUGCCAGUGCCAGCCGUUUGCGGGGAAGCUCGUCUCGCGCUAGGCGAGGCCGACACAAUCACUGACGCCGAAAACGCCGCCUGUAUGCAUGCGGAGCUCAUCCUGGACACACUCGGGGUCUGCCUCUACACCGACCCUGUGAAGCAGAAGCGGCACGCCGAGGCAUGCGCGCAGUGGGGUCGCUGGGCGCCAUCGACUCCUGGCGAAGAACAACCGAGCACCACGCCGUCUCCACCGCCGCUGCGCCGUGAGCACGCCAGCGCGCUACGCCGGGAGCGCCAGAAGGAGCUGAAGAAAAAGCAAGGCAGCCGUUUUGGUGCGUCACAUAGAGCGGCAAAGACGGACGCAUCCACGACAGAGGUAGCGGACGAGGCGGCGGUGGUGGACGCUGAGGCAUUUGACAAUGUGAUGGAAUCGCAGCUCGACACCGUCAGCAAGAACCGUGUGCAGUACUACUUACGGUACGAAAACUUCAAAGCACCGUCGAUCACCUUUACAACCAACAUGGGGUACAGCGUGCUCCUGCAUGUCGCCACCUGGUCUCUUCCGGUACCUGCCCGCUACAGUAGCGAGACGGAGGCACAGAAGUGUCUGGAGUACGCUGUCAAGGGUGCCGCCACUACCCGGAGAGAUGCCGAGCUGCUGUCGUGGAUGCAUGCAGAGCGCACCCUGGACUUUCUCGGCAUCCCUCUCUUCCCCAACUUGCCAAAGCUGCAGGCGUAUCACGCCCAACGUGCGCAAGUAGAGGGGAGGGUUGCCUCAGCUGUCGUCACCGGACCGACGGCGCCGCUGCCUCACCCCAGCGAAGUAGCUGUGAAACCACUGCGACUGCAUAUGAGCUUCUGUCGCGUUGACCUGACAAUUCCGACACCACCGUGUCCGCCGACGGACAUGGAAGGCAACUCUUGCGUCCCCUCACAUGUAUGGGAAGCCUACGUGGAGGCGUGCACUGUCUACGUGCUUGCGAAGCAGAUGGUUCUGAAGAACAGCUUCUACGAGCAGCAGCGGGUGCCGCCGACAGGCGACGUCGUGAUCGAUGCCGCCCUCGCGGAGGCGGAGGCGAAGCCCGUGGAUGCAGAUGCCAGGCUGCGCUUCGCGGCGUACUGCAUGACGACGCUCGGCAGGUUCACCUCACGGUACGACGCAUAUGUUGUCGGCCCAAUCCAUCACCGUCUCACCUACGCCACAGUUCCACUCCCCGGCUUUGACUAUCUGCUAGGGCGUGGCGUGGGGCCCAACAAGGUGGUGGCCAAGCGGCGAGCCGCCAUGCACGCCUUGGCGAUCCUGCGGCGUGUCGACGAGUCGUACGACGACACGUACCAGGUUGUCAAGAGCUUCAUGCAGAGAGAGAAUGCCGCGGGUAAGGUGAGAGGGGAUGCCCAAGUGCAUGCCGACGACGAUUUUGACCUCGACACCUUCAGCUCCCUACCUCUUAUCAACGCAGACGCCGAAAGCUCGCUGACAAGGAAAGAGCGGCGCCACCUCGACCGCUUCAGCUCUCUCUUCGUCAACCAGUCGGCGUGGUACUCGAAGAAACAUUCUUUCACCUUGGACGGCAAAAAGCGCGCCGUUCGCAUGUACACGGUGUGCUUCGAUCUGCCGGCCCCGGAGGAGCGUCAGCUGGUGCGGUUGUUGCCUAGAGAAGAGAGCGAAUCGGUGUGGAGGAAAAGGCCCUCAGCGGAUACGGUGAAGCUCGAGAUAGAAAGCGUCGAGGGGACGUCGCCAGAUGCGACUCGCGUGAAAACGGGCGCCAUUUUUUCCGCAUCUGUCUCCAUCGUGGAUGAGGAUGGUCAUACGCUGACAACCAGCUGCAGUGGUGGUGGGCGUGUGGACAACAUGCUCAGCGCGUACGAAAAGCUGUUCACGAUGAUGGAUGGAAAGCUUCCGGCAAUGAAGUCGAUCAUCGAGGUGCUGAAGCAGAACCCGUACCUUGUACCGGAGCUGAUCCCUUCGCUGACCAUCCCUGAUGCGGUGCGACAGCGAAUGCAGGCGUGCCUGCGUAACCAAAAAGGCUUGACCGGUGCGGUGACCUGUUCAGACGGAAAGGCAUCGUCGUCAAGUCACAAACCUAACUUGGCUGGCAGCGAUAAGGAGAAAAUUGGCGAUGCGGCCGGGAACAGCUCCGCCGUGGCGCAACAGGCCUCCUACAGCGAGGCGGAGGAGUCUGCUCGCCUUCUCGAACAACUGCAGCGGCGCAUCACAAACCCCGUAUACCUGGAGAAGUUUGCUACCAGGCGUGCGGAGCUGAGCAUUGCAGAGCACAAGCAUGAAAUUCUCGAGGCGAUCCGAAACAACCCCAUCACCAUCAUCUGCGGCACGACUGGCUGCGGUAAGACGACGCAGGUGCCUCAGUACAUCCUCGACGAAGAGACGCUCAGGGGUAAUGGAGGGCGCUGCUCCAUCGUUGUCACGCAGCCACGGCGGCUCAGUGCCGUGUCGAUUGCGCAGCGCGUCGCGGCGGAGCGUCUGGAGGCGCUAGAGGAGUCGACCGGGUACAUGAUCCGCUUCGACUCACGCAAGGGUCGCCACAUCAACUUCGCCACGACAGGCCUUCUUCUCCGGCUGAUGCAGUCAGACACGCUUCUUGGCAGCUACACCCACGUCAUCAUUGAUGAAAUUCACGAGCGGGACAUGAACUCCGACUUCAUCCUGAUGCUGCUGCGACAGGUGCUCGAGAAGCGACGCGACAUCCGCAUCGUCCUGAUGAGCGCGACCUUGCAAGCCGGUGACUUUCAGACGUACUUUGGCGGCGCCCCGCUCAUUCAGGUGGAGGGACACAUCUUUCCGGUCAAGGAGUUCUUCUUAGAGGACCUUGUUCCCUUCGCGCGCGAGCACAAUUGCAUGACGCCUCUGCUCAAGGAGGCAGCUGGCGUUCCGGGGAGUGGCGGAAACAGAGGCGAUGCCUCAACGCCGCCAGAGAUUGGCGGCGCGCGUGCCCCCGUCGUGGUGUCAAACGCGAACGACGUGACCGUCAGCACCCCUCGCCCACGCUACGGCUUUCUCGAGGCGUCGACGCCAAUCGACUAUCCUACCAUUCAGUUCGCCAUUGAGCAAGCGCUCCGCAUGAUCGACAUCGCCGACUCCUCUAUUCUCGUGUUCCUGCCCGGGUGGGAAGACAUUCGCAAGGCGCGCGAUGUGCUGGAGCGCAACACGUCGUUCUACGUACUGCCGCUGCACUCGGCCGUGUCGGCUGAGUCACAGCUGAAGUGUUUCUUGCCACCACCGCCCGGCAAGGUCAAGAUUAUCCUCUCCACAAACAUCGCUGAAAGUGGCGUGACCAUCGACGACGUCGGUGUCGUGAUCGACACCGGACGGAUGAAGCAACUCGCGUACGCCACACGGAUGCGCACGUUUCUUUCAAAAAUCGACUCGCGGGGCUAUGACGCGAACCGAGUCCAAGAUGCUCCGGCUGUGACGUCGACGUCAGUGGUACCCGAGGAUGCACAGGGCAAGUUCUCGCACUUGAUGAGCAUUUACGCGAGUCGCGCAAACUGCGUGCAACGCCGCGGUCGUGUCGGCCGCACGCGCCCUGGCCUUUGCAUUCGUCUUUUUUCACGAGAGCACUUCCGCAAUUUGCACGAGUUUCAAACGCCGGAGCUGCUGCGCACGCCGCUGGACAAAAUCUGCCUUGCCAUCUUGAGUCUGGAGGUCGGUUCCCCUCAGCAGUUCCUGAAGACAGCGAUGGAGCCACCGCUCGAGACAGAGGUGGAAGGCGCCAUGAAGCGACUGUACGACCUCGGCGCCACCGACGAAGACGGUCAUCUCACUCCGCUAGGGCGCCGCCUGGCAAAGCUGCCCCUUGACCCGGCGGCUGGCAAGACAAUUCUGCUCGGCGCCGUCUUCCGAUGCCUCGACACCGCCCUCACAAUAGCAGCCACAGCUGAAAACAGCGUCUUCUCUCGCUCGUUCGAUGUGCGUGUCGCGUCGCGCCUCCACCGGGAGGACCUUUCGUGCAACACCCUCUCCGACAUUCUCGCCUCCGUGAACGGGUACAACUACUGGGUUUCCCUGCAUCGCGGAGGGUCGAAGGGGCAAGCGGCGGGGCAGAUCAAGGCACGGCAUCUGAGCAUUCCGGCGCUCAUGCAGGCCACGCUGCUGAAGCAGCAGUACUGCAACCUGCUUGUGGACGACGGCUUCAUUGGUGAAGAAGCGAGAGUGCUGCCGUCGACGAACAGCUCUCGCUUGAGGAGCGAUGGCAUAGUGUUUAUCGAAUCCUCCGAGCACUCGCGCAACUCGAUGGAUGUUGGUCUGUCGAAGUGUCUGCUCAGCGCCAGUGCGCUUCCCAAAGUCGCGAUGGUUGCGGGACCACUCGUAUUGCGCACCUUGUUUGAGAAUUACAUUCCGAUGAUGAGCGACAGUGUACUGAGGAUGAGCGGACUGACCGAGGCGUCGAAUCCGUUUGUGAUCUACGGCGGGCUGAUGAAAGUAGCAGAGAAGGAGACACUCAUGGCGCAUCAUCUCACCUCCGUCUCCCUCUGGUCAGUGUUGUUGAUGAGCACGCGUGCAACCCGGCUGGACUACGACCAGGAGCUCCAGCUCGGCAUCGUGAGCAACUGGAUCUUUUUCCGCUCGAGCUACGCCACGAUUGAGCUUGUGCGACGAUUCAAGGCGCUGCUUGACCGCCGCCUUUCUCGCAAGUUUGACGAUCCGGCAGACGCAGUCAACAAUGCCCAGCUGGACGAACUGUGCGAGAUUCUGCGGGAGCUUGCAAACAUGCGCUAUCACCCGAAUCGUCUGCAGCCCCCGUCUGUGGUGUGGGGCGAGCAAGGGAAAAUUAUCUCUCCCGACAGCAACGCCGACGACGACGCGGUUGGCGCGACGAGCGAAACAGAAGUCGAAAGCUCCACGGAGAGCGACCUAGUAGAGUAA